UUAAGAGCAUGGUCUUAUUUCUCAUUGUUUAUGACGAAAAUUUCACUGGAAAAGGUACGUGAUCAGAUCUCACCUCGCAGUGCGAGGAGGAGGGAUAAAUCCGUCAAUUAGAAAAAGUUAAAAAACACUCUCUCUGGACACCCAUUCUCAUUUGAAGCAACACGUGAUGCUCUCUCUCCCCUUCACCACCGGUGCUAAUGCUGUGAAAGACCUAUCCAUUUACAAACUAAGCGCGAGAUUCAUCGACAUCCUCGCCGGCGAAGGCGGCGCCGGCGUCGGAACUGUCGGAAUGUGGACCGACUCUUCUAAUCCAAACGCCUCUGUAGUUGUCGCCGUCACUGCCGUCGCCGGAAUCGUAAUAGCCGCCGCCGUGUUCUACUCUAAUAGGGGUCAUCUGAACUCUCCAUGGUCUCGUUCAAGAAGAAAACCUGCCCUGUCACCUGAGCAGUGGAAACUUCUCUUUACACCGGAGGGGAAAUUUAUUUGCGGUGGAGUUAAGUUUUUAAAAAAAGUCCGCAGUGGGGGUGUUGAUCCUAGUAUCAGGUCUGAGGUCUGGCCGUUUCUGCUUGGAGUCUACGAAUUGAAUAGUUCUGAAGAAGAAAGACGUAAAUUGAGAACCGAGAAGAGAAAGGAAUAUGAAAAACUAAGGAGGCAGUGCAAACAACUUCUAGAUUCCAACAACAGUCUGAAGGUGAAAGAAAGUAGUGGGGAUAACAAGAUUGAAGAUAACGAGAAUCAUAGUCAUGUCAUAGAUUCUGCUGCUGACACUGAAGAAGACACAAGUACUAGGAAUUCUCCAUGUUGGAAGGAGAUGAACCCUUCUGCUGAAUGCUCAGAUGAUGUCUCAAGUGCCUUGCUGGAAAAGGAUGCUGGUUCAGAAAGAGUCACAGAUGUUAAAACUUCGGACACGGAUUCAUCAGACUCAGACUCGGACUCGUCUGUUGAAGUGAGUCAAACUUUUACUACAACAGAGAGCACCGAGGAGAAAGGUCCUGAAGUUGCAUCUAAUGCAGAUUCUUCUAAAACUGAAAGCCAGUCAACACCGACCAAAAAGGAAGAUUUUACCACUUGGCAGCGGAUCAUCCGUCUAGAUGCAAUUCGUGCUAAUGGAGAAUGGGUGGCAUAUUCUCCGGCACAGGCUGCAGUGUCAGCUGAAAGGGCUAUGAGUUCUGCCGAGGCUGUUGGGCUGAAGGACUAUGAUCACCUUGAGCCAUGCUUGAUCUUUCAUGCUGCUCGACUAGUUGCUAUACUUGAAGCCUAUGCGGUGUAUGACCCUGAAAUCGGCUACUGCCAGGGUAUGAGUGAUUUACUUUCUCCAAUAAUAACAGUGAUGGAAGAAGACCAUGAUGCUUUCUGGUGUUUUGUUGGAUUUAUGAAGAAAGCUCGGCAUAAUUUCAGGCUUGAUGAGGUGGGGAUCAGAAGGCAACUAAAUAGGGUUUCUACUAUUAUCAAAUGCAAAGAUUCUCGUCUUUUUAAACACUUGGAGAAGCUCGAAGCAGAGGAUUGCUUUUUCGUGUAUAGGAUGGUGGUGGUUCUAUUCAGAAGGGAAUUGACGUUUGAGCAGACAAUUUGCCUCUGGGAGGUAAUGUGGGCAGAUCAGGCAGCUAUCAGAGCUGGUAUCAGGAAGUCCGCGUGGAGCAGAAUAAGGCAGUCAGCCCCACCAACAGAGGAUUUGUUGCUUUAUGCUAUUGCAGCUUCUGUACUGCAGAGAAGGAAGCUAAUAAUAGAGAAAUACAGUAGUAUGGACGAGAUAAUCAGGGAGUGCAAUAGCAUGGCAGGACAUCUUGAUGUAUGGAAGCUCCUAGAUGAUGCCCACAACUUAGUGAUUAAUCUGCAUGACAAGGUAGAAACUCCAUUUGAUGGCUGAAGCUGGAAAUCUGCGUGUAUCUACUCUUUAGCACAAGAAUAUUGCUAUGGUUGUGCAUGGGUUUGUUGUACUAGUCCUGGGGAAGUGCAAACUGGGAAAGCAAUACAUCAGAGUGAAAGAUAUUGUCGAGUCUACAAUGUGUUGCACCUUUGGCUUGAAAGAUUUACGGCUAUUACUUCAUGUAAAGACUGAAAAAGAUAAAAGUUGUAGCAAGGUAAUCACAUUCUGGGAUCCUUUCUAUAAUGUGGCUCUUUCUUUAUUGUCAUGUUGUGAUACUAAGUAGGCACAUCUAAAUUGGACAAAAUUAUCAGACGAAUGGAUUUGAUGA